AUGGCGACGGAGAGCCUGUUCAGCCAGUUGGUGCCGGUGCAAGUGAAGGGCCAGGGCUGCGAGGAGAGACGUAUAAAUGUUCGUGUGAGUAUUGAGCUACAAUCAACAACAAAUCCUGUUCAUAGAAAGGAUUUAGUUGUUCGACUAACAGAGGAUUCUGAUCCCUUUUUCCUAUAUAAUCUUGUUAUUUCUGAGGAAGAUUUUCAGAGUUUAAAACUCCAGCAGAGUCUUCUGGUAGAUUUUUCUGCUUUUCCUCAGAGAUUUAUAGAUCUUCUUCAGCACUGUAUCCAAGAACAAAAUAAAGAUAUCCCAAGGUUUUUGCUACAGCUGGUUUCAUCAGGAUCUAAUUUAGAUUACACACCAUCUUUGUUAAAUGUGGUUGAAACAAACCCAUUUAAACAUCUUACCCACUUAUCACUAAAAUUUUUACCAGGAAAUGAUGCAGAAAUCAAGAAGUUCUUGGCAACCUGUCUUACAUGUGUUAAGGAAGAAAAGUUGCUGCUGGAACAAAAACUUAAGAAAACAGAAGACAACCUUACAAGACAGCUGAGUUAUGCCCAACAGAGCUUGUCAGAAAAGAGCAGAGAACUGGACAAGUUAAGAAAUGAAUGGACAUCUAAAAUAGCAGCUCUAACCAACAAACAUACUCAAGAACUGACAAAUGAGAAGGAGAAAACUCUGCAGGCACAAGCACAAUACCAAAAACAGUAUGAACAGCAGAACAGGGAUCUGGAAAACUUGCACCAGAAAACUGUUCAACAGCUGCAGAAUAGACUGAAGGAAUUAGAAGCUGCCAACAAGGACCUAAUGGAAAAGAGAUACAAAGGCGAUUCUACAGUCAAAGAACUUAAAUCAAAAUUGUCUAGCACUGAAGAUGAAUGCCAGAGAGCAAAGCAAGAAAUUAUUUCACUGCGUCAAGAGAAUACUACCUUAGAUGCUGAAUGCCAUGAAAAGGAGAAACAAGUUAAUCAGCUGCAGACACGGGUUGCUGUUUUAGACCAGGAACUCAAGGACAAGAACGAACUAGUUGUUAGAACAAAAGAAGUACUGGAUGCCACACAAGAGCAAAAGGCAAACCUGGAAAAAAAUACAGAAAAGAAACAAAUUCAGAUAGAAAAGCUAGAAGCAACAUUGAAGUCAUUAUCAGCUGAACUUCUUAAGGCUAAUGAAAUAAUUAAAAAAUUGCAAGGCGAUAUAAAAACUCUAAUGAGUAAAUUGAAACUGAAAAAUACAGUAACAAUUCAGCAAGAAAAACUCUUGGCUGAAAAAGAAGAAAAACUGCAGAAAGAGCAAAAGGAACUUCAAGAUGCUGAAUGUUCACUUCGAGAAAAAGAACAAGAGGUGUGCAAAUUGCGAGAACAAUUAGAAACUACAGUGCAGAAGCUAGAAGAAAGCAAACAUCUUCUCAAAACUAAUGAAAAUGUUAUCACAUGGCUGAAUAAACAACUGAAUGAAAUUCAGAUGACAAAAAAGCAAGACGUCUUAGCUGCAUCUACUUCUCCGAGUAACACUGCUUCAAGAACGGGGAGUUCACCUCACAGUGUGGUGGAUAGUAGGAUCCCUUUCUUUAGCUCUGGGCUAGGCUAUCCUUUCUCUCCCUUGCUAGCUUUUCAAAACUACCCAGAUGCAGCAGCUAUCAAAAGCAGCAACCAGCAAGCUUCAGGAACAAAGGUUCAGUUCAAUAUGCAGCUUUCAGAAACAAACAGGUGUUCAGAUACACAGCCAGGAAUCCCUGUGUUGAUGAGUCAUUCGACAAAUAAAGAAAAUAGUGAAAACCUGGGGUUGGAAGCAAAGUAUCUGAAAAAGAGGGAAGACAGCAUACCUUUACGAGGGCUCAGCCAAAAUGCAUCUCACAACACAGGGCAUCAGAAGUCUGCUCUGAAAAACACACAAAUACCAUCCAAACCUGUGGCACCUUCCAGAACCUCUGCUUACUUUCCUGGAUAGGAGCUAAAAUAUUUAUCUGCAUCUGUGAAGUUUUAUGAUUUUUAAAAUAUAAUUUCCCCUUUAAAAGCAUCUAUGUUAAAUUGGUAAACAAUACCUGUAGUAUUUGAAGGUAUCAUCCAAUGGGAAAAGUUAAUGUUUCUCUGGCUUGUUUAAAGUCUAAACCUUAGUUUUAUGUGAAUAAUAGAAAUGUCCUAAUAGUAACUUGAAACACCUUGACUAAAAUUGGUUAUUUGAAGCACCAUCCACUAAUAUAUUGUAUGCAAUGGAACUAACUUGCAGUAUCCAUGAUCAAAUUGAACUGGCCCACAAGAAAUGCUUGCUGCUUCUCUCCCAGAGUAUUUUUGUGUAGGUGUUUCUUCUGGGACAAAAACCUCAGAACCAAAGAAUCUUAGAAAGCUUAGAGCUCCUCUUUGAAGCCUAAUAUCUAUAGCAAAUUCCACUAGUUUCCAUGGAACUGUUAGAUAAUAUGCAUCAAGAUUGUGGUGUUAAGCCUACAAAUGCUUUGAGAGUUCCAGUGAUGGUUAUAUUAAUCUGGUACCAGUAAGCAAGAAUGGCUGAUUCUGCUGCAUUAAGGCUUAAGACUAUUACUAGCCAGGUUUUCCUAACACAUUAAGUGAAUCUAGCUCAGCUUUUACAGUACAUUUAAACAUGCAAUUUUGAAAUUCUAUUGAAAAUGAAAUUUGUUAUGGCUGGAAAACUGCUAUGUGGUACAAUGCUGGAAUAUGUUUGACAUCCUAUUUUUAAAUCAAAACAUAGAAUGUAACUUUCACUUCUAUUCAGAUAUCCUAUCUUCCACUGUAGAAUGGCUGCUUUCAUAAAGUGGUAGAAUUAUUUGCAUGCUAAUUUGGAACUGUUUGGAUUUCAUUCAAGCCACUAUAUAAUAUGUAAAACAGGUGCGUACUACAUGAGGAACAGCUUCUGUACAGUGACUGGGAUUCAGACUUGUAUGCCAGAGAAUUGUUUGUACUGGAGGAAGCGGUGUUAAAGCAGUUCCUGGCAAUGCUCUCCUCUAUAGGACCUAGCUGUUUUCUAGGUGCAAAGGAUAGGAGAAAAUGUGGCUUCAUACUAUCAAUCAGCUAGUUUUAAGUGCUUGAAUUUCUAUUCAAAUCAAUGGGAAUGAUUAAAAUACGUCUUAACUCUCCCAUUGAAAUCAGUGGAGAUUCAAAAUAUUUGUUAGUGGCUGAGAAAAGCUGAGUCUUUACAGAAAUCCUGUUCCUUUAAGCAAUGCUUAAUUGUACACGCAAGUUUAUUCCACAUAGAACAGAUGUAAAUACCUUAAUGAAAUUUCUUUAGCAGUUGGAUUCAAAUAUUUUAAAGCCAGUCAGUGGGUUCGUAGAUUAAAAGCUUCUUUGCAGUAUGAGUGGCUUGCUGUUUGACAUAUGACUGAAAACUGGUGAUCCUGUAUAUUAUUGAAAGUGUGUAAAUACAAUGAAAUCAUUUGAAUGUGUAUAGCUGAAUCAUUAUUUGCAGUGUAAAAUUUGUACAUUUGUCUAUAAUCAGAAUGCAGUGUUUUUAUGUAUCUAA